AGAGGAAAAACAUUUAACAAUUCUUACAGAUAUCGCAAAAUGCUAAUAUUGACAUCCCUAAAUUAUUUGAUCAGUAAAUAUUUCCCUGGUAAGAAUGAAUGUCAUUCCUGACGCUCGGUAUAACAGAACCACAGUGAUGAACACUGUUACAUCUGCAGGACCUAAAAUGUGUCUCUAUCAAAUAAUAGGUCUCCAUGCCCACAGGGUUUUCUUGCUUCCUUUGACCGACAUCAUGACCGCCACAUCACCUCCUGCUCCCCUGUACACCAUCAACCAAACUUUCUCUUGGUCAAUUGCGUUUAAGGUUAUUUUCCAUUAAAUAGGAUCACAUUUAAAACAACAAUAAACUAUGAAGACAUUAUCGCAUUAAUAUUUGAGUGGACAUGUUGGUUUCAGUCCUCCGUCUUCCUGGUGGAAAUUCCCUGUCCCGGUACUUCCUGUUUGAUAUCGCACGUGUUUAACAUGUCAAUCAAGACGACAGGAAUCGAAACUGACGCCAGCGCCGCACAGAGACUAAAGCGCUCGAAUCUUCUGAAGAAUGAUGACAACACCAUCGGCUUCUCCCCGCUCAAGACAGGAAGAAGAAAGACAGAACUAAAUCUGGAAGUUUUCCUGUGCUGCCUGUCGGACAGGAGGGCAGCAGCGAUGGGAGUCCCGGUAAAAUUAGUGAUGACUCUGCUGGUUCUCAGUGUGUCAGCUGCGUUGUGUGCAGACGUAGAGGAGCGCCUGGUCAGUCAUCUGUUGUCUCCAGAUCGCUACAACAAGCUGAUCAGACCAGCCGUCAACAACAGCCAGCAGGUCACCAUUUAUAUCCAGGUGUCCCUCGCUCAGCUGAUUAACGUGAACGAGAGGGAGCAGAUAAUGACCACCAACUGUUGGCUCACACAGGUGUGGAACGACUACAGGUUAAUGUGGGAUCCUGCACAGUACGAAGGGAUAAAGAAAAUCCGGCUCCCGUCACAACACAUCUGGCUUCCAGAUAUCGUGCUCUACAAUAAUGCUGAUGGGACCUAUGAGGUCUCCUUCUACUCCAAUGCCGUGGUCUCCAACAACGGUGAGGUGGCCUGGCUCCCGCCGGCCAUCUACAAGUCGGCCUGUAAAAUCGAAGUCCGCGAUUUCCCGUUCGACCAGCAGAACUGCACGCUCAAGUUUCGCUCUUGGACCUACGAUCACACGGAGAUCGAUCUGAUCUUACUCAGCGACUUCGCCUCGCGUGACGACUUCAAGCCCAGUGGUGAGUGGGACAUCGUUUCACUGCCGGGCCGAAAGAACGAAGACCCCGAUGACAUCAGGUACCUGGACAUCACCUAUGACUUCAUCAUCAAGAGGAAACCUCUGUUCUACACCAUCAACCUGAUCAUUCCCUGUAUUCUGAUCACGUCUCUGGCCAUUCUGGUCUUCUACCUGCCUUCAGACUGUGGUGAGAAGAUGACUCUGUGCAUCUCCGUUCUUCUGGCCUUAACUGUGUUUUUACUCCUGAUCUCAAAGAUCGUACCGCCCACGUCUUUAGCAGUUCCUCUGAUCGGCAAAUACCUCAUGUUCACCAUGGUCCUGGUCACCUUCUCUAUAGUCACCAGUGUUUGUGUGCUCAACAUCCACCAUCGCUCACCCAGCACUCACACCAUGCCACCCUGGGUCAAGCGUGUCUUCCUGCACCAACUCCCCUCAUAUUUGUUCAUGCGCAGACCCGGCAGUUCUAAUAUUCGGGAAAAGUUCCGGAAAAAGCACCAGCAGCAGUUGUACUCGGAUCAGAGGCCGUGUGGACUGGAGGGGGGGGCUGUGAGCGGUGGGGGACUCUCAGAUUCUUCCUCAUCCUUUUAUGUCAACGAGGAAUCAGCCAAACACUAUGGCUGGAAGGUCAGCAACUUCUCAGAAAACACGGAGUUCAGGAGGAGGAUGACGCUCAAAAGCCACAUUGAUGUGGAGGACGCAGUGGACGGCGUUCGCUACAUCGCUGAGAAGAUGAAGAGUGAGGAUGAUGAUGAAGGGAUUAUUGAAGACUGGAAGUACGUGGCCAUGGUGAUCGACCGCCUCUUCCUGUGGAUCUUUGUGUGUGUGUGUGUGGUGGGGACGCUCGGCCUCUUCAUGCAGCCCUUGUUCCAGAGCUACAACACUCCCGUAGUGGAUGACCUGGACCACAGUGAGGCCUAACAGCCAGAGACGACGAUGGCCAUCCAUCUGAACCUGAUCAGGACUUUGGAUUUGACUCCCAAACCUUACAGUCUGAGCGUUGAUGGAACUGUAACACAUAUCCUGACAUGUUUGCCUCACAGGUCACUCACCAUAUUCUGAUGCACUUUAGCCCCUAAUACACCACCACACCUGCUCCCCUCCAGACCAGUUCUUCUUUUCUUCCAAGGUUUCAUCCUUCACCAUGACAUUUUCAUUGAUUUAAAAAAAAAAUCAUUUUAAAGGGGCUGAGCUGCAGGAAUAUGGCUUGGAAAUCAGAGGGAGAAAAGGCACAGAUUGGUCAAAGUCUUGGCCUGUUUACAUAACACUACAUUGGAUCAGUGUUGUUAGCCUUAGUUCACCGUAAACACAAACAAAUCCAAGGCCAAAAUGAAUGAGUGGAAGUUGUUAUGAAAAUGCUAGAAGGUAACAACCUUGAAUAAUGACCACAUCACUGUUGUCAUCAGGUCAAAAACAAGCAAUAACUCAUCGACUCAUUCACUUUAUACCAACUGCAGUCGUUCACUGGUGUGACCUCAUUGACUCACUAUGUCUUCUAUCAUACUAUAUAUAUAUAUUUCCCAGUUAUUUCAAAAUGGCUCAUGAAUAACUUAUAACUUAUAACCAUUCACUGCACUUGUCUGUUAAUGUACUUAUAGCAGCAGAGUCGAAUCCUUUUUUUUAAAUAAAUGAA